AUGGCUGAUGAUAGAAUCAAUGGUCAUACUAAUGAGCUUGGUUUGAAUAAUGAUUAUGCUGCUAAUUUAUCUUAUGAUAAUGGUUAUUUAGGUUUUGACUAUCAAGGUGAAGAAAGAAUUGAUUAUUCAAACGCUUUGUUGAAAGAGAAAAAAAAUUCCCAAAAAAUUUUGUCAAAAUUGAAUGCUGAUGUUGAUAAUUUGGAUUAUAAUAGGGUUUAUACUGGUUUUGCUGAAAAUUUCAAUGAUCAUCAAUUAGAUAUUAAGACUCAAAAUCAAUUGGUUUUCGAUGUUUUACCUUCUUUUGAAAUGUAUCAUUCAUUCCAGUAUUCUGCUCCAAAUGGUUCUUUUGAAAAUCCAAAUGAUUUCCCUCCUGAUUACUUCCACAAGAUUGAUGCCCCAAAUUAUGCCGCUUCAUCUAUCGGGUCAGAGUCUGCUUUGACUCCAGGGAUUUCCUCCUCAGCUUCAAAUGAUUUUGAUAAUGUGAAUGAUGAUUUUUUCUCUUCUCCUGCCUUGGUCACUCCUGCUAUUUCAACCACAUCUACUGCUGCUGCUUCCUCUUAUUCGGUCCCUUGCUCCUCUGUUUCUGAUACUGCUCCUGUUUAUGCUCCUGCUACCCCGUCCCCUCCCCCUGCUACUCCUGAUACACAUCCUGCUGAUGCAACUUUCGAUCAAGAAAUUGAAAGAAAUAUCAUUGAUAAGGCUCAUACUUUGCCAAAUUAUGAUUCAUUUGAUAUCAAAGUUGAUGUUUUUGUUACUAAAGAUGUUCCUUGUCCAAAUCAAAAACCUGAAAUGGAAUCAAUGUUGAAAGAAUACACUUCUGGAGAUGUUGUUCAUGGUUAUGUCGUUGUUCAAAAUACAUCAGAUGAACCUCUUGAAUUUCAAAUGUUCCAUGUUACUUUAGAAGGUUACACUUCAAUUAUUGAUGAAAAAAAUAGAAAACAAAUUGUCAAAAGAUUCUUAACAAUGGUUGAUUUAAGUGCUAGUUGGUCUUCUGGUUGUAUUUCACCAUCUUCUAAUAUUUCAUUUGAAGCUCUUUCAAAAGAUAGUGAAGGUUGUAUCUUAGGUUUAAGAAAUGAUAGAAUUCUUGAACCUCAUACAAAAUAUAAAAAGUUCUUUACCUUCAAGUUCCCAUACAAUUUAUUAGAUAAUGUUUGUCGUCAUCAACAUGAAGUUCAUACUUUACUACCUCCAAGUUUUGGUGUUGAUACUGUUAAAAGAAAGCACAAAAAUGCUGAUAUUGACAUCAACCCUGUUACCCAUUAUGGUCAUUUGGGCUCACGAGGUUCACCACUUAUGACAAAUGAUCUUUCACAACCAAAUUUAUCUGUUAGUUAUGGUAUUAAUGCUAGAUUGAUUGGUGUAUCUCCUAGACAUCCAACAAAAUUGAGUGUUUUGAAAGACCAAGAAUAUUCUUUGCGUUUUAUUCCAUUUGGCUUUGCUGUUCCUUUAUAUUCUUCUAAAACUGGUUUGAAUUUGAUUUGUGAAAAUAUUGAACAUGAAUUUAAGAUUGCUAAUGAUGCCCUGAAAUUGAAAAUUGAAGGUGAAAAAGAUCGUUAUGGUGAUGAUGAUGUUAAAAUUCAACAAUUAGGUAUGAAUUCUUCAUCUGCUGCUUCAAUUCAAGAUUUCAAGUUCCCAUUAAGAAACAAAAGUCUUGGUGGUUACAAUGAUGAACCCAAAGUUGAAACUCAAUUAACUUAUUUGAUGAAUGGUUCUGUAACUUCAAGUUUUUUAAGAAAAUUGAAAGGUGGCAAGAAAUCCUCUGUUGAUUCAACUAAAAGUGGAUUAAUUACUGUUUCUACAAGUGUUCCAAAAGAUGGCUUACCUUAUAGAUCACCACCACAUUUAAGAAAAACUAAUGAAAUCUCCAACUUAUCCGAAGCUGGUUACAAGAAUUAUGAUUCAUUAUCUUCUUCAUUAUCAAUGAAUGAAAAGAGAAAACUUUCUUCAUUAAAAUUACAGUUCAACUUUUUACCAUCUGAUCAUUCAAUGGAUUUAAUUCCACCUGAAAUCAAAUCAAUCAAACCUUCAUUAAUUGUUAUGAAUAUUUUUUCAUCAAGUUCAAUUCCAAUUAAAUUGUCUUCAGAUUUAUUUGCUUCAAAAGAUUUCAACAAAUUGAAAACCAAGUUUGAAAAAUAUUUUGAUACGUACAAUGAAUUAGAAUCAAAGUUUGAAUCAAAUUCACUAAGUAUUAAUGAUCAUUUGGACACUGAAAUCUUGUUAGAUAUCAAAUCAAUGAAAGACAUUCAAGUUGAAAAACAUCAAUUGGCUGUUUUCGAUUAUUCAACGAAUGACAAACAAAAUGAUUGGAAACAUUCUGAUGAUCCAAAUGUUUGGGAAAAAAAUAUUGAUUUAUCUUUGAAUUUUAAAGACAACAUUUCUGAAACUUUAGUUCCAAAUUUCCAAGGUUGUUUAUUAUCAAGAGUUUAUUGCAUCAAUGUGAAUGUUGUUUUCAAGAAUGGUCAAUCAUGUGAAUUGGUUGUUCCUAUUCGCAUUCGCAAAUUUGAUGACUUUUAG